UAUUCAGCGAUGACGUUGGUCACUGUCAUCAGACCAUUUUUCGUUUGACUUGUAUUUGCUGUCUUUUAAUAAGUCAUGGCCGAAACCAGGCCUCAACACCAAGCCCAAUAUAGAGGCUGGCUGUACAAAUGGACAAACUAUCUUCGUGGUUAUCAAAAACGAUGGUUUGUUCUUCAAAACGGACUACUGUCCUACUACAGAAACCAAGCUGAGAUGGCUCACACCUGCAGGGGAACUAUUAACCUUGCCAAUGCCUUUAUACAUACAGAAGAUUCCAAUACAAUUGUGAUAUCAAACAGCGGAUCCUCUACAUACUACCUGAAAGCAACAUCGGAGGUAGAGCGACAGAAAUGGGUAACUGCAUUAGAAUUGGCUAAAGCAGAAGCUGUCAAAAUGCAAGAUACUGAGAGUGAUGAGGAAGAUCAGCCACAACCAGAUAAAAAUGAACUGCAGAACACGGUCAAACUUCUGAUGUCGAAACUUGAGGACAUGACAACUUGUAAUGAUCUGAUAGCCAAACAUGGUAGUGCACUACAGAGGGCGCUGUCAGAAUUGGAAAGCAUGGAGAUUUUAACUAACACUGAACAUGGGAGUAAAGCUAAAGUCAUCAAUGAGAGAGCGACAAUGUUUAGAAUUACAUCAAAUGCCAUGAUAAAUGCUUGCACGGAAUAUUUAGAUGUAGCUCAGUCACAGACAAAGAGGUUGCAAAAACUGUUUGAUUAUGAACAUGAACAGAGAAUGAAAUUAGAAGAUAUGGUGGAACAGCUGGCCAAAGAACAAGUUUCUUUAGAAGUACAAGCAAAGAAAUCCUUACAUUUACAAAAAAAUGGAAAAGAAAAAGGAACAACAGGUUCAGAUGAAGACGAUUUCUUUGAUGCUCUGGACUACCAUGCAGAUGAAUUUGAAGUAGCUCUUCCACAUGAAAUAAUGACUCAUAGGAGGAUGCUGAGUGACACCAGUGAAGAUAGCCAUAUUAUCCCCGACGACAGAAGUAGUAAUGGUAGUGACACUGAGCAAGAUGGCCAGGAAGCUCGAGUAUACUCACAUAUUAAUAAAUCUGAUAGUCCUAAGCGAAGCAGUUCCGCAGUGGCAACUGUUGUAAAAUCUACUCAUAAACGAAAUCUUAGUCAAGAAUCUAUCAGAAGGACAGAGUCGGUGGAAUCCAGUAGUUCAACAAGCCAGAAACGUUUCCGGCGACCUUUGAUACCACCAAAACCUAGCUAUAGUCUUAAUUUAUGGAGUAUUAUGAAAAACUGUAUUGGAAAAGAAUUAUCUAAAAUACCCAUGCCUGUAAAUUUUAACGAGCCUUUGUCAAUGUUACAACGUCUCUCAGAAGAUUUUGAAUAUUCCCGCUGUUUAGACCGAGCAGCUGAAUGUGAAGAUUCCGCAGAACAAUUAGCCUACCUAGCUGCCUUUACUAUUUCCUCGUAUUCCACAACAACAAACCGUAGCACCAAACCAUUUAAUCCAUUAUUAGGAGAAACUUAUGAAUGUGAUAGGACGGAUGAUUAUGGCUGGAAAUCUAUAGCAGAACAAGUUAGCCAUCAUCCUCCAACAGCAGCAUUACAUACAGAAGGCCGUGGCUGGGCCGUCUGGCAAGAAUUUACAAUGGCCAGCAAAUUUAGAGGAAAAUAUCUUCAAAUCAUACCAUUAGGAAUUUCUCAUGCAAAGUUUACGAAGAGUGGUAACCACUAUACAUGGAGGAAGGUGACAACAACUGUACACAAUAUAAUUGUUGGUAAAUUAUGGGUAGACAACCACGGUGAAAUGGAUAUUAUAAAUCAUAAAAAUGGUGAUAAAUGUCAUUUAAAAUUCUCCACUUAUAGUUAUUUCUCCAGGGAUAUACCAAGAAAGGUAACUGGAGUAGUGACAACAAAAGAAGGUGAUGCCAAAUGGGUAUUAACUGGUACCUGGGACAAGAAGAUGGAAGGAGCAAAAAUAUUGCAUGUUGAUGAAUCAAAUAAAGGGAAACCAGUAUUUGAAACUGGACCACACUUUACAUUAUGGGAGAAAAAACCUCUGCCGCCUGGAGCAGAGAAAAUGUAUUUUUUCACUCGACUAGCAUUAGAAUUAAAUGAACCUGAGGAUGGAGUUGCACCAACAGACUGCAGAAUUCGCCCUGACCAAAGAUUGAUGGAGGAUGGAAAGUGGGAUGAGGCUAACAAGUACAAAGUUCAGUUAGAAGAUAAACAGAGAGCAGCAAGAAAGAAACGAGAAUUAGAAGCAGAAGAGGCCAAAAAGAAAGGAGAAGAUUACCCACCUUACACUCCUACAUGGUUUGUAAGGAAGACAGACUCUGCCACUGGGAACCCUAUACACAUGUAUAAUGGACAAUAUUGGGACUGUAAGCAGAAACAGGACUGGAACAGAUGUCCCGAGAUAUUCUUAUAAUACCAUGUAUUAAAUGUACAAAGGCCAAGUGACAAGUGCAAAUUCAUUAUACGCUGAUAAAUGUGGAGUACAUGGUCCAUUAGAAGACUUGUAGGUCCAAAGGGUCAGUUCGAGGACAUUGUUCUGGUGUUAAAAAAAAAAUGUAUAAGCCAAGUCUUGUUUAAUAUAUUGUAAGAGACUUUAAGAGAAUUGUUUGAGGUCUGAAUGGCAGGACUUAUGAGAUAUAUUAAGCUCACAAUAAUGAAUCAAAUUAUAUACUGUAAACCAACUAAUUUUCACGGAUACUUUAUAGCCCAUUUCGCGGCGAUUUAAUUUCGUGAUUUUUAAAUUUACUUGAUGUAGUUAAAUAAGGAAAGAUCCAAGUUUUACAUGUUCAUGAUGAUUUAUAUUCGCGUUUUUUUUUUCUACUUGCGAAAGUCACGAAAAUUAGUUGGUUUACAGUAUAUUUCAUGUUUGGUACCCUGUUACAAUGUGUUUCAUUAACUUUUGAUAUAAGGAAGUGUAAUUGUAAGAAUUAUUACAAGUACAAGAAGAAAAAUUUGAAACUCUUUUGGUAUAGCAAUAAUUUUGUAAAGAAAGGUGCAUGCACUUGAGAUUUUCAAUGAUGAAUUGUAACUUUUCUUGUUAAAUUAUUAAUCAUGUACUAGCAUAUUGAGAUAUAUGGUAUUUUUAGAAUUGUUUACAGGCAAAAUUUGAAUGUUAUAUUUCAUUCGCUCACACUUUUUAGUUUUCAAAAAAUCCAAAGAACUAAAAAUUAUAUUAGUAUGACUUCAGAAACGAAUUUGUGAGACCAUAAUGCUGCGAAAAUUCUUUAAUUCAUGAAUGCUACUUAUUGCACAUUGUGGAAAAGGUUUUUUAUGGGUUUAUUUCAAUUUUUAACCUCAAACUAUGCUCAUAAAUAUAUAGAAUAAUCUUGUGUUUUGUGAAUAUUAAAAUCUGCUACCCCACAGUUACAUUCACUUUGAACCUGUUGGUUGGUCGUAUUUUUUUCAUAGGGUUUGCUGGUACUAAGGUUGUCUGUCAGAAUAGUACCUUUUCCCAAUUCAAUAUAAUUUCACAGAUUUUCAAGAAAUUAAUGACGGUUUAGUUAGAUGUCUCUCUUUAAAUGAUCUUAUCAAUUUAAAUUUAAAUGUAAUUUAUUGUUCGAAUUGGUAUAAGAUCAGACAAAUGUUUUUUGGCAAAUUGGUUACAUCUUCUCAAAGUAACAAAUUUAUCCCUUCAUUCUAUACAAUUCAUUUAUUCAGUAUGAGAUGAUUGAUUGUGCCAUAUUUUCUAAAUGAGAACUAGUCCACCUUUGUAGGGUUUUUUGGGAACUAGAACUUAAAUGUCAAAUCUUAAAUGUUUGAAUGAAAAUUUAAUAUGUUUAUUCAAUGAAAAAUUUUCUUGCCAAGUUUUAGUAUAAAUCUUAAGUAGCUAGUAGUUAGUUUUACAGUUAACCUUCUUGGGUGUUUAUCUAAUAGAUAAAAUUUAAUUCCACUUGUUCCUUAUAGUUCAACUUUGAACUCUAAUUUUAAUAGAUAUCAUAAACAAUCUGAUAAAAAUACGGAUCCUGUAACUAAGCUACAUUUUGUAAUUACUGCCCUCAACUUAUUGAAGAUAUUUGUUGUUUGAAAGACCAUUGAUAAUCUGUUUAUCGCUAUUUUGCCUAUGAGGUCAUUCAUGUUUACAUUGACAACGUCACAUGUGCCCUUAGUUUCUGACAAUAAUAUUCCAUCUCAAGCGAGUAGCAUGAUAUGAAAAAUUAUCACAAAAAAAGAUCAAAGGAAAAAUGCACAUAAUAGCGAUAAUUAGCAUUACAACAAAAAGGGAUUCCUGAGUCACUUAAAUCUCAAAAAAAAAAUAUUAGUAUUCAUGUAAGCUUUUAAGGAUGUUGGCUGCUGAAAUUCAAUUUGGACAUUUCCGUCAAUGAAAUCUUUUUUCCAUAGAGAAUAAGCAAUACAUAAUAAGUUUCAGGAAAAUGUAGAUAAGGUCUGUGCGAUUGUUUUUGAGAUGCAUAAAUUUGAAAAAAAAGUACAAUUUCUGGAGGGGAAAAUACAUGUAAGUUUCUGGAUUUUCCAUAGGAACAGUAUUGGCAAAUUUAUAGAUUCAGUGUGAUUUAAAGCUUGAUAUAUUGUAAGGAUACUUGUCUGUUGAACACAGUUUGUUACCAUUUGGAUGCCAUUUAUUUGAUUUGUUUGUUGGUUGGUUGCUGUCUCAAUGACUUAUACCCCAUAUUUCCUUCUAUUCAUACUUACAUGUUAUUUAUAAGCACCAAGUUUCCUCUUGUGUCUUGUUUGUUUUGAUAGAAUUUGCUUCACUAUGUUAUAUUACAGCUUGAGAUAAGUGCACACAUGGUUUACCUAUUUUCUGUCAUUCUAAUUUUCUACUAUUCCAUAGGUAACUUUGGUGUUACACCUUUAUUUCUUACUUUUCAUAGAAAUGCACAUAUAUUCUGAAUAUUUCGUAUGCUGGGAAAUAACUCACAUCAAACUUUAAAGUGAGAUUCAGAUUUUUUAAAUGACUUUUGUUGUUGGGCAAGAACAAAAUCAAAAAUAAUUUUGAUCAGAGCCAGUUCAAGAUAGGGGAAACAUAAAAAUAAUUUGGAUCAGAGCUUUAUGCCCAUGGUUUCUGCUAGUUCAAGAUAGCAGAAACAUAAAAAUAAUUUGGAUCAGAGCUUUAUGCCCAAUGGUUUCUGUCAGUUCAAGAUAGGGGAAACAUUGAUAUCAAUACAACAUGAAUUGUCAUCGAUAGGUUUUAGAUAAAAAUACAUGUAUAAAACCUGUUAUGUUAUUAUGUAGCUAUACACAAUGUUUAUAGAUUUUUUUAUUUUUGCAAACUUUGCUUUAUAUUAAAGUGUAAUUUUGCAAUACAAUGACAAAUAAAAAAUCUUUUUUUUGAUAAAAAAUGUAAAAUGAAGCAGUAUUAUUAUGUGAAGUAUAGGAAUUGUGAAUAAGAAAAGAUUUGACAGUGACCUAACAAACAGACAUGUUUAUUAUUAUUAUUUUCUAUAUUAAAAGAAAAUGUGAAAGGAGUAUUGAUUGUAUUGUAUACUGUUAUGAGUUUACUUAUGUAUAGGUUUUUUUCAUGUUAGUAAUUGGAUAUUAAUAGUAGGUUGAACUAGAGAAGAGUUCAUUUAUUAGAAUGAAACAUAAUUCUAAAAGCAAUAACAGAAUAUUAACUGGUAUAUAUUUAACAGGUGCAUAGUUUAUUUGUUCUAAUGGCAACUUUCAAUUUGGCAAAAAUUAAAUAUACACCAAAAAAAAAAAAUAGUGGAUAUAUUGUUGUAGCAUUAAAUAAGACUCUUCAUUGUUUUUUAGGGGGCCUUUCACGGGUAUCAGGCGUAUUUUAAAAUGGCUACGAAUGCUAUCUUAUAAAAACACAUUGCAUUAUUUUUGCCUAAGUAUAGCUACAGAAAUUGUUGUAUUGGGAUUUUUCUUCAGAAACCAUAGUCCUCUCUGAUCUGUUUAGUAAAUGGCAAUCAUGAUUCAGUCUAUGUUAGGGGCUACAGAUAUUAUCUGCAGAAAAUACACAAAUUGGAUAAAAAAAUCAGUUUGAGGUUUGAAAGUGCCUUUACACCAGGGAAUAUUUUUGUAAAAGGGCAUUUUUUAAUGAAUACCUCAGAUCUCCCAGUCUAUGACAUUUGUUACAAGAAAUCAAUGUCCAACAAACCUUCUUACCACUAAAAAUUAGCCAAUGAGGAACAGUAAAGAUGUUUAUUUAGUGUAUGGAAAAAUAUAAUUCAUAUGAAAAUAUUAAUAGUGGUUAUUUACAGCAUCAAAGUGAUACAAUUAAUUAAGCUACUUUGUCUAUCUAAUUGUUUUAGAAAUAGCAAUAGUUAUAUCAGCUGUUUAAUUGCAUAAAAGCUUUUUAAAAGAUAUUUGAGAUUUACAGGGGAUAUCAGUGUGUCUCCAAAGUUUUACACAUUUUUCAACUAAAUCUUAAUUAAUUAAAAAAAAUCUCUACUGUGGUGAUGUCGAAAAUGGUUGUUUGAAAUUGCUGUACUAACACUUUUACUGUAAUAGCCAUAAGAGAAAAGAUGAUCAUUUAAAGCUGUUUGAUCCUUUUUCAAAGAUAAUGAUUUCUGGGUGCUAGAAGUGGAUUCAGACAUUUUUUUCUUUUUGAACAUGUUGAAAGUACCUUGAAGUUUAGUUCAUCUUUUCAGUUUUGUAAAAAAAAAGAAGAAUUAUUUGUGAAUUUAAUUUUUUUUACUUUGAAAUACAAUUCUGCCAUUAACAGAAUGUUAAAAAAAAUUGAAUUUUAUUUGGUAUUUUGGACAUUUUUUUUGAGUGGAAUAUUCAUGUAUUGCCCAUUGGUUCCUUGCAAGGGAUUCUUUUAAGAUUUUGAUUACUGUAAAUAAAGCUUGUGUUGCUGUAUGGGUAAUCACUUUAGUCACAAAUAUAUGUUUUAUUGUUAUUUAUAUAAAUCAUGAGUUUGAUGAAAGAAUCCAUGUUUAUUAUGCAAUGUAGCUUAAUUGUGAUAUAUGAUGUAUUGAGUGAUGAGUUCUGUAAAAAAAUAAAUGUUUUAUCAGAUACUGGGGAUUCAUUUAUUAUUUGUACUUACCAGUUUUCAUGGAUUGAGGAAAAUUUGUAUCUUUGUGGAUAUUUGAUUUCAUGUUCCCUUGAAAUCCACGAUAAUUGGUAUCCAACGAAUAAUAAAGAAUUCUCAGUAGUAUGUACAUAUGUAUGCAUAGCCUUUUUCUGUCUGCAUGAUGCCUGUAAAUGUUUAACGAUGGAAUUUGGAAAACAGUAUUGUUAUAAGACAUUUUGUAAGAUUAUUUGUGAAUGGUUUCCUGGCAUCAUUUCCAUAAUUGAUGCUGUCAGACUGUACUGUCAAUUCUGUAAGACAUUUUCAUUUUACUUUGAUACUUUCACCAGAGUUAUCUGGUGCUGAAGAAAAAAAUUAUUACCAGAGACCAACAUAAAACUAGUCAAAAGAUUGUUUUAUACAGCUGAUGUUUAAUUAGAUUUACAUAAAGGAUAUUCCUAUAGCAGUUAAUGUUUAAACCUACGUUUCUCAUACAUUACUGCUUUAAUUUCUUGAUAAAUGCAUUUUUAUUUAUCUGUGACCUCAUUAUAUUUCUAUUAAGUUUAUAUGGGAAUAACUUGGAAAUUUUUGACAAUAUUAAAACAAUGCAUUUUCAUCAAUGUGUUUCAAAAUUGUUGUGCAAAACAAAUUUUUUUUAAUUAUUACAUGAAAAAUCCAUGCUGUGGUAUAAAAGGUUUUUAAAAUUGACUGUUAUUCUUAUUUUGGAAAAUAUUGAAUGGAACUGUUUUUGUCACUUCAGAUUUUUUUUGAAGAAAACGGCUUUCUAUUGAAAAAAGUCCAAACAUAUUCUUUUUGAAAUGGUUCAUCCUUUCAAGCUGUCACUUUAAACUACCGCUAUUAUAUUUUUUAAGGUAAGUGACACAGAGGGACAAAGUUCAUUUUAAAAUGUCAACUUAUGGUAAAUAGUUAUAUUAUUUUGAAUAUGCUUUGCUGAAGAAAAACAUUGUCAGAUACUUUAUUUGGCAUUGAAUCCAAGUCAGGUGUUUUAAUUCUGACUCUUAGCUGAAGACAAAGCUUUAAAAUGUUAUAUACAAUGUAAUACUAAUACAUUAAUUGUUGCCUGAAAGCUUGUUUGAUGUUACUCAAUUAAUUUUCCUUGAUCAGACAAGGUUUGGCUUUACAAUUAUCAACAUUUAUUCGGUAUGAGGUGAAAUAUCAUUCACUGCUUAAAUAUGUUUAAAUUUUUGAGAAAAAAUAACUUCUGUACUGGAAUAUAAGUCAGUUGAUGAGAAAUCCUUAAUUAAAGUAAAGCUGCAUAGGCCUCAGCUGAUCAGGUUAAAUUUAUUAAGUAAUAUUCAUUGCUUGAAGUAUCAGCAGAUUAGGUCCAAUUAAUGAAGUAAUAAUCGUUGCCGGACUGCUUGUAUGAUUUAUAAGGCAUGUGGUUAUUCACAUAUAUUUAUUUCACAAUAAUUGUUAAUGAUUAUUUCUUCAUUUGUUAACGAUAAAUAAACCAUGUUUGUCAAUUGA